GUCUCACGCAGCCACACACCAUAUAAAAAGCCUCAAAAACAUUCACAAAUUAGGAAGAACACGGACCUGAUCUAGCUAACUAUCUAGUCAUGGAAGUAGAAGAUCAUCAGCAAUCAAACAGAUGGGAAGGCUAUGUGGACUGGAGAAACAAACCUGCUCUCAGAGGCCGCCAUGGAGGCAUGCUCGCCGCCUCCUUCGUUCUAGGGGUGGAGGUAUUGGAGAAUCUGGCAUAUCUGGCGAAUGCGAGCAACUUGGUGCUGUACAUGAGGCACUACAUGCACUUCUCCCCAUCACAGUCAGCCAAUAAUGUCACCAACUUCAUGGGAACUGCCUUUCUUCUCGCCCUCCUCGGAGGUUUCUUGUCUGAUGCUUUCUUCACCUCGUAUCACAUCUUCCUCACCAGCGCCGUUCUUGAGUUCCUCGGCCUGAACAUACUCACCAUCCAAGCUCGGUCGCCGAUGCUCAAGCCGCCGGAAUGUGACCACAGAGUGAGCUCAACAUGCCAACAAGUAGAAGGAGGAAAAGCAGCCAUAUUGUUCACUGGACUCUAUCUGGUGGCUCUUGGAGUAGGAGGAAUCAAAGGGUCAUUGCCUUCACAUGGUGCUGAGCAGUUUGAUGAGACCACUUCAUCUGGCAGGAAGCAGAUAUCUACCUUCUUUAACUACUUUGUCUUCUGCUUGGCCUGUGGAGCCCUAAUUGCAGUCACUUUUGUGGUUUGGGUUGAAGACAACAAAGGCUGGGAAUGGGGUUUUGCUAUCUCCACCAUUAGCAUCUUUUUGUCCAUUCCAAUCUUCUUGGCUGGCUCUUCUUCUUAUCGGAUGAAGAUCCCUUCUGGAAGUCCACUUACCACCAUUUUUAAGGUUGUGGUUGCUGCUUCAUUAAAUAGCUGCAUGCACAGAAAUCCAAGCAGUGCAGUGGUGAAUAUGGUUUCAAGCCCUUCAAACCCAAACACAAGUAGAGAAGAAGAGGAAGAAGAGGAAGAAAUCAAAGUAGUAAUGACAACAGAAACACCAUCAGACUCCCUCAGAUUCCUUAAUAAUGCAGUAAAAAACAAACCAUUCCAUUCAUCACUAGAAUGCACUGUGCAACAAGUAGAAGAUGUCAAAAUAGUCGUAAAAAUGCUACCUAUAUUUGCUUGCACCAUCAUGCUCAAUUGUUGUCUUGCUCAGCUCUCAACUUUCUCAGUCCAACAAGCAGCAACCAUGAACACUAAACUAGGUUCCCUCAAGGUUCCUCCAGCCUCGUUACCAGUUUUCCCAGUUCUCUGUAUCAUGAUCCUAGCCCCUAUCUAUGACCACAUCAUAAUUCCAUUUGCUAGAAAAGCAACAAGAACAGAGAUGGGUAUUUCUCAUCUUCGAAGAAUUGGAAUUGGGUUGGUCCUCUCUACAAUUGCCAUGGCUGUGGCUGCUUUUGUUGAGGUGAAAAGGAAAAGGGUGGCAAUACAAUCAGGGCUUUUCAAUGAAACAACUAAGCCACUUCCAAUUACGUUCUUUUGGAUUGCAUUGCAGUAUUUGUUUCUGGGUUCUGCAGAUCUCUUCUCUUUGGCUGGGUUGUUAGAAUUUUUCUUCACAGAAGCACCAAUAAAGAUGAGAUCUUUGGCCACUUCUCUUUCUUGGGCUUCUUUGGCUAUGGGAUAUUACCUUAGUUCAGUGAUUGUUUCGGUAGUGAAUAGUGUCACAGGUAGCUCAAGCCACAGACCAUGGCUUUCUGGUGGCAACCUAAAUCACCAUCACCUUGAAAGUUUCUAUUGGCUCAUGUGUGUGCUAAACGGGUUGAACUUUGUGAUUUACCUCUUUUGGGCUUCCAGGUACAAAUACAGAGCAAGUGGAAGUAGCGAAUGAAGAAGAAUGAGCUAAGUGGUCUAUAAGUACUUUGUUUUAUGAGGCCAUUUGAUCAAACAAAAGUUUCAAAGCAUUCAGAGGCUGUGAAUUCUUACAAGUGGGUUGAUCAGCAUUUUCCUUCUGCAGUAAUAUGUCGAGAUAUAUUGAAUAAGUAAACAAAGGACAGAAAAAAAAAAAAAAGAAACAAAAUUGUGUUCACUGUAAUCAAAAUGGCUGUGAUAUCAAUAUUAAUAGAGAAUGGUUCUAA